UAUUGACACCUCUUCAUCGCCGUAACCGACUUGUGUGGGCCACAAGACACAUAAGAUUUACUCAAAGACAGUGGAAUUCGGUUGUCUUUAGUGACGAAUCUCGAUUCACUUUGAGAUUUGCCGAUGGCAGGGUCGGAGUGUACCGCAAACGAGGUGAACGUUACGCUCAAGUAUGCGUCAGAGAAGUUGACCGAUUUGGUGGCGGCAGCGUCAUGGUUUGGGGUUCUUUUUGUGCACAUGGACGUUCUCCUCUUGUUGUUGUCCAAGGGAACUUAAAUGCUGUCCAUUACAGGGAUCAGAUUUUGCAACCUGUUCAUCUUCCGUUUAUGCAGAGACAUGGGCUGGACUAACGUUUCAACAAGACAAUGCUCGACCCCAUACAGCAAUUGUUACCCAGAAUUUUUCAAGAAAUGCAGGUGUCCAAGUCCUGGAUUGGCCGUCGCUUAGUCCCGACCUUAAUCCUAUUGAACACAUCUGGGACGAACUGGGUCGACGUGUUCGUCAGCAAGUGAAUCCACCAUUGAAGUUGCAGGACCUUCAACAUGCUCUUGCUGAGCAGUGGCGACGCCUUCCUCGGGUAGUGUUUACUAAUGUUCUGAGAUCCAUGAGAAGACGUUGUGUGGCAGUACGAGACGCUAGAGGAGGCCACAACCGUUACUAAACACUUUAUUCCGAUUGUUCUCCAAGUCUGUGAAUUUCAUUUUAGGGGGUACUGUGACAUCACGAACGUUAUCAAUGUCAAGGACUUUCGGCGAGACGUAUUCUUGCUUUCUGUUGAUGUCAAGGUCGUCUGUGCACAACAUAACACUAAAAUAGUUGCCUUAAACCAAAUAUUAAAAAUCUAGUCCCAAAAAUCCUGAGUGUCAAGUUUUUAAUUUGGCUGAGUAUACAUUAUAUGUAAGACUAAGAGUUAUCUUGAUAUGUAUUUCAACUGGGUUUACAAAUUUACAUAUAGUAGCCUACACUGUAGACACAGAGAUUUAGAUUACAUGGUGUUUCAGACUCGGGUACAUGUAGGUGACGCUUCAUACUCGGAUAGGUGACUUUUCUGACUCAGGAUAAGUUUAAAUGAAAGGUUAAAACACAAGUCAAAUGUCAAUUCUGUUUAUAGUAACACACGGUCAUUUAUUUUAUAAAAUAAUUAAUUAUAUAAGGUUUUUUUUUCAGCUAUUUCAGUAAUAGGACCAAAAUUGUGGUUAAUAUGUGAGUGUCCUGAAUUUUCAGACAAGUCAUUUCUGGGUGCCAUCUUUGUUUUUUUGUAAGACGAAGUAGUAUAUCACUGCGCUGAUGGGCCAUACAUCAACCCUUCUCAAUAGUUUUGUGGCACUUAUCUCAUUCUUAUUGUAUGGUUCCGAUUGGCCCUAUCAAUUAAAUAAAACAAAAGACUUCAGUUUAACAGUUUCAGUGAGUUAGCAUCAAGUUCAAUUGUCGCCGAAUAAAUUUUAAAAAAGACAACUAGCAAUGUUGGGUUGUUUGUUUUUGUUUUCAAUCUUUUACUAGCGAUUAUUGCAAUAAAUAAAAGACAACUAACAUAUAUUUUUUUAUUAUUCUUAAACAUGCAUUAUGCAAGAGCUAAAUCUGCCUAUUGCAGGUCUUUCUUUAGGCCUGAAAUGUUUUCUAAAAUAUUAAUUAGGCAUUAAUUAACUGAUCCAGGCCUUAAUCAACUCUCGAUGGCAUCAGAUUUCUCCAAUAUUAAAUAGAUUAGAAUGGUUCAGCGAUACUUUGAUUUAAUCAAAUAUGGAAGACCGAGGCUUAGCUUCGAUCAACCAGUACGGUGGUUGAAAUUAUUGCACACGUCUGUCAAACCUUCAAAGGCUAAUAUCUUCGCUUGCAAUAGAGUAAUUUGAAUGAAAUUUUCAAAUUAUUCAUUUUACAUCAUCUACUUUCGAACUAUUAUAGCAAGAAUGGCUAGUUCUUUAUCUAAAUCUUACAUAAUGUAUCUUUAAUAAGCUGUCAGCAGCCUCACCUAAAACGAAAAAAACCCAAUCCUAUACACACAAAUUUUCAACAGUCUUCUAUUUAUUCAUCGAAUCCGAAACGUCGCUGGACCGAGUCCGAAAAGUAAGUCCAAGCCGUCAUCAAACCAAGUCCCAAAUGUUGUUUGCAUUGAGUAUACAAGGUCCCUGGACCGACAUGUCGUGCUACCGUGAUUUAUACCCAGAAAAUAUCUUUUAUGUUGUAAAAUUCACAUACGUUUGAAUGUGGAAGAAACUGAUUCUCUAGUUGGAUAUUUGAUAUCUGGACGUUUGCAGCUGAUUUUACAGAGAAGACAUUGUUUAAAUGUUUAAUGGUGCGAUUAUUAAAAAUAGCAUUAGGGGAAGAAACAGAAGAUAUAUCUGGUAUGAUUACAGAGGAAAUGCUUGAGGUGGAUAAAGAAUUAUUACAAUUAGCUAAAGCUAACCUGGAAAUUUCAGGCACGACAGCACUAGUUGCCUUAAUAAAAAAUGGAAUCUUAACAGUGGCCAAUGUUGGAGAUUCCCGUGGAGUUAUCUGUGAUAAAGAAGGAAAAAUGUUACCAUUAUCUUUUGAUCAUAAACCACAGCAGUUAAAAGAAAGGAAAAGAAUUCGUCAAGCUGGUGGUUUUAUAAGUUUUAAUGGAGUCUGGCGAGUCGCAGGUGUUUUAGCUACCUCAAGAGCUUUAGGGGAUUACCCGUUAAAAGAUAAAAAUCUAGUCAUAGCUGAACCAGAUAUAUUAACUUUUGAUCUUAGUGACCUUCAACCUCAAUUUAUGAUUUUAGCCACAGAUGGACUAUGGGAUUGUUUUAGUAGUGAAGAAGCUGUAGAAUAUAUCAAAGAGAGGUUGAAUGAACCUCAUUUUGGUGCCAAGAGUUUGGUUUUGCAGGCAUAUUAUCGUGGUUCUGUUGAUAAUAUCACCGUUAUGGUGGUGAAUUUUAAAUUAAAACAAGUAUCUUCGUUUGGUAUGAAUGAUUGGUGAUGAUUUGGGUGAUUGUUUUUUUUUUAUUUUAUUUUGAAAUCUAUACAUCCGAUAUGUUGACGUGAAUCUCAGUAGAAAUUUAUGUGUACAGGCUACACAUCUGAAUUUGAGAAUUGUCUAUUCACAGUAUUGAUUGGCAAAUGAUUUAAAGAUAGUUUCCCCACCAAAGUAUUUAUCGGGUGGUUAUUUCCACUAAAAGUAUGGCAUUCUGGUAUGUAAUAUGGAAAGUAGAGACACCCAAUCUUACUAGAAAAAAAGGAUUCCUUGAAAAACCCAUGGAGCAUGCACAGGACAAAAAUGAGAGGGUUUCACUAAUCGGCAUCCUGACGGUUAAGGUCUGUUGACUCAAGUGACGUCAUUGGUUACACACAUAGAUGUCUGAGCUCUUGUCGUUAGGGAGCACUUGAUGUAUAUGUUGACAAACUCGAUGGUGAGAAGACGUGGAAAUAGUGAGAUACUUGAACACCAACAGUUUCCGAGAUGAAAACCACGGAAAAAGACUUGGACAGGGAAUAAUCUGAGUAUUUAAUUAGGCUUGGAUAUUUAUGAUAAAUGGACAGAAUUAAAGACUACAUCAUCUUUUAUAUGUAACGAAUUCUCUCCAGGCUUCACACCCAUUGCUAGGUACCUCAAUAGCCAAGUCAUGUGACACAAACAUAACCUCUUUUAAUAGAUUUUUUUUUAUAGUUUAGGGUAUUUCCUCGCGAAUACAAUGUUUUGAGAUGGAUUUGAAGUAAAUUUUUGAUAAACCAAUUAGUUUGAAUAUGUUUUUAGUCUAAAUAUAUCGCCAAAUCAUCCAGUUUGUAUGUGGAAGGUAUCUUUAAUUACAGUAUAUCUUAACUCAACUAUAUAUAUGCUAUUGGUAGCCAUGGUGACACCUGCCUUAUACUGAUAUGAACCACGCUAUAUUGAAGUAGAAUAGUACAGUACCAUAUUUUAAUGUGGAGUGUAAGUCGAAUCGUAUUUAAGUUGAUGCAAGAUUAGUCUGGAGGCUCAGUGCGGAGGGGUGUCCAACAAAUGGGCACAAAACGAGACCCAACUUUUCUAGAGUAAAAUUUUGCGAAGAAUACGAUGCCAAGUGGUAAUCAGUCUGCCGUUGGGGUGUUUUCGAGAUAUUCGGGGUCAAAGGUCAAAUGAGGUCAUUUGCACUGAAAGUGAAUGUGCAGCCAUUCUUGUAUCACGAAAACAUACUGAAAAUGAUAGAAAGUAACCAGCCUUUCAAUAAAAAUGUUAACUUGCUAAAUUCACCAUUAUUCUUUGUGACCUCGUAGGCCAAAAGAUCAAAUUGUCCGUUUUUGCACUAGUAAAAUUUAAAGCAAUAAAAUAUCAGCAUAGAAUAUAAAAACUAAAGCAAAACCUGUUCUUAUUAAUAAAAGGAACAUUUAAAACUUAUCUGUAGGUGGUCUUAGCACCGUACAUUUACUUUAGAAAGUCGAAAAAGAUUUUGCAUAACAGAACCAAAACACUUCGAAACCUGUUUCAAAAGUACGUAAAAACUGUCAAAUCAAAAUCUCUCUUAUUUAGUUUCACAACGAUUCCUAUACAUCAUGAAACUAGUUGUGCGAAAAAACAAUUGAAUGGUUUCAUGGCCGAACUCCAGCCUGCAGGCCGUGUCACAAAGUCUGCCAAACUUUUAACCAAUAACAUUUUAGUCAGGUCAAUAUGGAAAAUACCCCCUCAACCCCCCAAAAAUUGCUACCAAAGGUUUCUCAACUGAUUCUGGUAGGGUUUAGUGUACUUUAUAACAUACUAAAAGUUUGUCAAAGUAGGACCCCUGGAAAAGUGUUUUUUCAAGAUGGCGUCAAAGAUGGCCACCGAAACGUCUUAAAAUGAUCAUAACUAUGUAACUAUCAACUCAAAUUUGAUGAUCAUGGUGUAUUUCGCUAGGUUUUUUGGGGCAAAGAACACAUUAAGGUCUUAAAAUGAUCAUAACUAUGUAACUAUCAACUCAAAUUUGAUGAUCAUGGUGUAUUUGGCUAGGUUUUUUGGGGCAAAGAACACAUUAAGGUCAUUAAAAAUGAUGUUGGCCUUUUAUGUUUAAAUUGGCCGCCAACACCUCCAAAUGACCGCAAGUCCAUAACUAUUGACUCAAAUUUGAUGAUCUUGAUGUCUAUCCCCAGAGUUAUGGCCCUUGAUCACUUUGAAAAAUCUUGUGGACACUCUAGAGGCUAAACGUUAGCAUGGGGCAGAACUUUAUAAAAACCAAACAAAUUCUAAUGGUUUUCUGAUAAUUACUUCAUGAGUUGUUACUCUUAAUCAGAUUUUAGUGUAUUAUAAAUAUUUCAUUACCGAAAGAAGUAAAAAUAUGCGACAACACUUGUUGACUGCCCGGACGAUUUAGCUGCUGUGGGUGUAUGUUUCAUUGCCUGGCAACCUAUCUUUAUAUUGAGGUCUUGCAUUGUUGUCCUUUCACAAUUCUUGUAAGCACUCUACAAUAGUUUUCGAGAAAAAAAAUCAAUUUGCUGGGAUUGUCUUGACUAGUCUUAAGGGAAAACCCUAUUGAAAUUUAUUGUCAUGUAUCGAUUUUUCGCAGCGCUACUGCCUCUGUCAGUUACAUGUCAAUAGUUUUUAUUUAUUUUUUCUGAUUUCAAACUUGCUGGGAUUGUUUACCUGGACUUAAGGAGGAAUCAAUUUUCAGGGAUAUUUCAAAAAGCUUUUGGUAGUGUAUAUUCCUUGUCUGGCAAAUCUAUGUUUAUACAUUAUAUUAUCUCAGCUGUCAAAAUAUUUGAAAUCUCCCCAAAAUUGUAUUGAUUUGGGUGCAUUCAAAGUAAUUCUAAAUGACUUAAAUUUCAAUGCUUGUGCUCAUAUGCUCCCAUUCAAUAUCGCGUUUAGGUAAUUUAUGAGUCCCCACACCCUUUCAUACAUCCAUCAGGUGCCACUAGGUACAAGUCGUAACCAUGCUGAAAUAUUGGCGUUUGAAAUGGCUGAAUUUUUUGUGCUGAAUUUUUCAGACAAGGUGAACAAUAUACUCCUUUAAGUUAAAUCUGUGACUGCUUUAUUGAAUUAAUUUGACUUAUAAUGUAUUAUGUAAAUGUAUUGUUGUCUUACACCCACUUGGAAAUGUGGUCGUUUGCCCACCUAUGUCCAUCCAUCGUCCACAAUUUCUUGUUAACACUCUACAGACUACAUUUAUCAUUUAAUUGUUUUUAUACGCCCCCAUUUUCAUGUGGACAUAAUGUUGUCGCCGUGUUUGUCCACAAUUUGUUUGUGGACACUACACUUCACAAUUUUUAUCCGAUUUUGACAUAACUUGAAAUAUAGGUUUUAUUUCCAAAAGAUCUUGGAUUAUAUCGAUAUUGGCAUGUAUUGGACCGUAAAUUCAUGGAUUAUGCCCCCAAAUUAUACGAAAAAUCAGGUUUUUUUUCUAAGAGGUCACAAUUUAUAUUCGAUUUUGACGAAACUAGAAAUGUAUGUUUAUAAGCCAAAGGUCUUGAUUCCUUCGAUAUUCGCACAUAUUGGACCGUAACUCCCUUGAUUAUGGCUCCAGAUUGUUUUUAUCUUGUGGUCCCUCUAGAGGUCACAACUUUAUCCAAUUUAAAAAAAAACCAUUCAAAUAUAUCACUGUUACACCAUAAUGAUGGUUGAGUUCGAAAUUUGUAAAAAUGGGAUCGAAACUGCCAGACAAAAUGGCCGUUAUUUAUAUACAUUAUUAAAUUAAAUUAGCAAACCAAAGAAUUUUAACAAGUUCCUCUAACUACUUCUAGUAUUGUGGCCCAUGUGAAAAUUUUGUAGAACCUUAUGAAUGCACACCAACUACAAAAGUAAACACCCGAUCUGUAUGCAGUUAUGGCCCUUGUUUGACUUUGUAGAAUCUUGUGAACGCUCUAACAAUAAAAGUUAUCAUCUGAUCUGUAUGUGAUUUAAAUCUGUUAUUUGAAUUAUUAAAACAAAGAAGUCUAUCGAA